AUGGAUUCUUCAAAACCACAACAAUUUCACCCUGUGAUUCCUCAUUCACGCACUGUUUCUGGGUCUCGGGAUGGUUCUAAUGCUGGUGCUGAUUUGGAUGGUUCUGUCAGAGCAUCAGAUUCCGCCGGAAACAACCAACCGGAACUGUCACCUCAUGGUAGCGGUAGUUCAGAAAGCAAGAGAAAGAAGAGAUCGACAGGUGGUGAACUGAAGGAAGAUGAUGAUACGGAGAUCGCGAAUCAGUCUACGCCCAAGAAACGCUAUGAAUUUGAAUCAUCAAAGGGGAAAGAAAAAGGCGAAAAUACCACCCUCGGUGAAGAAGAGAGGCUCUUGGAGGGCGUUAUUGCCGAAUUAGAACAAGAAUCGAAUGUGUCCUAUGCGGACUUGAGCUGGGAAAAGUUAAAAAUGCGGGCAAGACGCUUGGAGAAAGAGAUAAUGGGUGUGUCUGAUACUGAUACAUAUGUAAUGAAGAUAAUGAGUUUGUCUGAUUUUGAUACAGAUGUAGUUCUUGCGAUGAAUCCGUUUAAUGACGAUAGCAUUUGGGGAGAAAAAGACGAUGAGGAUUAUAAUAAUCCAGCAGAAGAAAUAACAGUCGAUGGUGAAAGUGAUACGAAAGGUAAUGAUCAAGAUUCUGGUGAUGAUCAAGGAGAUACGAAAGGUUCAAAAGAUUUGAAGGAUUUAAUUGAACAAGAAUUCGAUGGUGAAAGUGAUACGAAAGAUUCAAAAGAUUCAUCUGAUGUAGAAAUCAAAGAUGAAAGUGAUGCUGAAGAUUCAAUAUCGUCGUCAUCAGAAAUCUGUGAUGUAAGUGAUACGAAAGAUCCUUCAGAUUCGUCAUCGGAAGAUUCAUCGUCAACAGGUUCAAAGGGUUCGUCUGAAACCGAUGAUGAUCAUAAUCAUAAGAAAGAUUCAAAAGAUUCAUCGACAUUUUGGCUGGAACGAAAACUGAUGAAGAUCAUAAGGGCAUUGAUGAUAGCCAUUGGAAAUAUUCUACAUGUUCACCAACCGGAAGAUGCGAUUGAAAAAUUCUUCAAUGGUGGAAGAUGCGAAGGAAGGCACUCAACGGUUCUUCGUUCCUCUCCCGUCGUCGGCAGCAAAGAAGAUCAAAGGGAAGACCCCCCCUGUGCUCAUCUUCGUCGGAUUAAGGAGGAGAAGCACGAUUGGAAUCAGAAAUCGGGAAGCACUUCCAAAAUCGGGGAAAAGCAACAGCAGCAGAUGGCAGUGAAGUGGUGCUCGGUGCCUGUUAUGGAGUCUACAAAAGGAGGUGAACACAAAGGCAACAGUAGAUUUUAG